AUGCCAUCUCUACCACCUAUUACGAGCAGCAAAAGCUCUCCCCGUGGCGCUGUCAUCGAACCCGAGGAAAAUUACAGUCAAUGGGACCGAGAAAUACUGCGACGACCAGCUCUGCAAGGUUAUCGUCAGCGGAUUGACCUCAAGCCUUCGUACACAGAGCACGAAGCUCCCAUGAAUACCCAACAACUCCGAGCGGUGCAGAAACCCGAGGCUGAACUCAACCGAGACCAGGAACGUCACGUUCAGGUGAAGGCACAGAGGACGGCAGGGUUGAUUGCAGAUCCCGAGCGUUCACGGCGUUCCAUAUCUGAGCGACGAGCAGCCUGGGUACCCCCUCUAGAGGGGGAUUCUGCUGCCUCCGAGUCAUUUGUCCUUAGACAACGUCGCAGGACCAGCAUGCUAUCCAUUAGCUCGGCUACAGCAAUCGUACUGCCAGAAAACGAUGACGAAAUGCGUGAGGGCGGUCUGGAAUUAGGGAGGCGGCAGGUUGAUACACUGAGGAAGGCGCCUUGGACUGCGUUGAUGAGAGUAGGCGAGAAAGACUCUGACAUUAGUCGCACGGACGGUCGCUCGUAUUCUGCACCUGAUGGACGUGACGAGAACCCUGUCUCUGCCUCUCGAGUGAGAAUUCCGAUUCCGUCCCUCACUUCACUGAAGGAGGGUUUAGAAAUGAUAGGCCAAGCAGUGGAGCGCCUUUACGAUUGUCCAUCUGACAAGUCACCCUCAUACCCCCGGGUCGCCAAUACUGAUCACCGCUCCUCUCAACCACCUCAAUCACGAUCAGCAAAAUAUGAUAAUGCGAGGAACUUGCCUCAUCUCUCUACUCGAGCACAGUCAAUUUCACAAGAACUUUCUCAUGCCAAAAAUGAUAACGAAUUCCCAUCAUCUUCAGGUCCUCGAUGUGUAGGACCAAAGUUUUUCUUCGCCGGCGAUGAGCUCUUAGAGGAUCAAGAUUCGAUACCUCAACAAGAUCCCUCUCCUCCUUGGGAUUCCGCUGACUUAGGGCUGAGUGUUUUCUCUUCCAAUCACUAUAAGGACUCACGCAAGGACGGAGAACGUGAGCGACAAGCCUCUUCUAUGUCGUCAUCGCGUCUUUCAGCAAAAUACAAGUCACCAUCAUCUGCCACCAGAGCUGGAUCAAGAAACUAUCUGCGCAACGAUUCUUUUGAAGAUCGUGAAGGAUUAGAUCGGUAUAGAAAUUCAGAUGUUAAACCAGACCGCCCUCCGAAUCAUGCUCGUCGGAGCUCGUACUCAAAAUCAGGUCGAGAUGAUUCUGAAAGACAUAGGAACGAUAUUGAUUACUCUGCUCGUAUCGAGAAGGCGAAUGGAGAAGAGCUGGGAACUUGGGAAAGAGUGAACCCUGUCGUCUCUGGUCUUGCUUCCCGUCAAGGGUCUGACACGCAAAUCACCUCCACUCGUGAUCGGCGGGCUGAGCACCUCCACAGUUUUCGAAGAGAUGUAGCUCAUACAACGGUCUACGAAAGACCACCCCUGCCCGAAACUUGGGCGACCCCCGAGCUCGCAGACUCGAGUCUUGAGGACGCAUUCAAGCGACUUCGACAGCCCACUCCGGAGAGAUCUAGCAUUGUGGCCAAAAAGGAUCGAUCCUUAUCUAGAACCACAGACCAUGUGCAUGAGCGGUCACAAUGUUCCAUAUGCGAGUUAUACACAUCCCGCUCACCUCCCGCUUCUGGAGCAAGAAAACCUUCAAUCUCUCCAGCGGGGGGUUCCACUGUUUCCAAGCAUUUUGUUCUUGCUCAGCAAGGUAGCCCAACCAGCGUGCGAUCCAUAACCACAGCUUCGGGAACCCAACUCCUAGAAGUGGACAGUGAUCAUGAAAUGCCCGAGGGAUUUAUACCACGAGGGAGGCCGGUUGUUAGGACAAAGGGGUCUUUGGCUUCCUCAGAGAAGGCGAAGGAGAAGGGAUCCGGGACACGUCAUAGUGGCGGUCGCUGGUAUUCCAUCUCUCAUGGAGGUGACGAGAGACAUGCAAGCCCUGUCCCUGCUUCUCUGAGAAUCACGCCAAUCCCAUCUCUUGCCCCACCGUUGACUGCUCGAGCACAGCGAACUGUGCCAGAUUUUUCUCAUGCUGGUGAUGAUAGGCACCACUCUUCUUCCCCUCCAGUUACCCAGCAUAUAGGUCGACAAUCUUCCUUUGCUCAAGAUGGACGCUCCGAUUACCAUGAUUUUAUACCUCGGCAACAUCUCUCUCCUCCCCAUUCUGCUGACUCUGGAAGGAAAGGUCUCACGCACUCAUCCAACAAUAGCUAUCAGGAGUCACACAAGGACAGAAAACUCAUGCGACACUACUACUCCUCUCAAUCGCCAUCAGACUCUUCGCGGUAUCAUACCCCACCGUCGUUGGUCCCAAAAACCAAAUCAGGAGAGUAUUUGCAAGACGUGAAUUCUAUUGACCGUCGUGAAAGACUGGACCAUGUUAUGAAAUCAGAUGUUAAGUCGGACCACUGGCACCGUUGGGAUCGUGCCCGUCGGAGCUCGUAUUCGAGGACAGAUGCAUCUGAAAAAGAUAGUUAUGACGAUUGCUCUGCUCAUGUCUCCAGCGGCUUGUCAACCACCAGGCCCAGAUCUGUUCGUCGUCGUCGCGUGACGUCUCCUCCAGUUGGUGAAGUUUCUAGCUGGAAAGAUUGGGAGGGUGUUCCUGAAGGCCGAUGUGGCUACGAGUCAACUUUCCGCACUCCUUUAUUGCCCCCAGGAGCUGGAGCAACGGCACCACACUCUGCUGGUUCCCUUCCUCGACGUGGAGACACUUCUCAUUCAGCUCCGGAAUCAGCUCGAUACCAUGACCAUCCUGGAGCGUAUGAUCGCCUUGAUCAUAAUGAUGGGCUCGAAGAGGAGUACAUAGAGGAGCCCGGGCUUUCUGGAGAGAACUCCGUUGCACAUGGGCCUGUAAGAUUACCGUUUUGGGCUGUUGGUCUAUGGGAAGAGGAUUGGAGGAGACAAGAGGAGAAACCAAGUCGACCAUUCACAGCAAGACAGAGGUCAUUUGACGAGAGGGAGAAAAGAAAGCAGCGGGAGAAGGAGGAGAAGUUGAGAACGGAAGCGGAGGGAGGCGAUUAUGGGAUAGAUGAGACCGACGACGACGAGGAGGAGGAGGAGGGGGAGGAGGAGGAGCGGAAGGGGCAGGAAGAGGAAGAGACGGGGAAGAGGGAAGAGGAUGGCUCACAAAGAGAGCAGGCGGAAGAUGCGAGACAGGGUUUCCGGAACUGGGAUUCAGGUGGUCCGUAUUCUCAACAAAGCAACUCCUGUCUUUCUUCAAGUCGUCUGACUCUCACUCUUGCAGAUUUCUUCGGCCACAUUUAUUGCGACGGCCCAUCGACGACCAUGCCUUUAUCUUCUGCUGUGCUGCCACCCCCGGAUGACUCUGUCCCCCAUUCCGGAAGCAUUCAAGAACGCCUACGUCGACUUGAUGAGACGGACCUGUCCGAAUCCCGCAUUUUGCUUCUCGAGAAGAUUCAUCAAGAAAUGUGGGCCCAGUUGGCAACCAUUGUGUUUAUCAAGUGGGAUGACCUCCCGUGGCCAGUAUUUGUUCGGACGACUUGCCCAGAGGAUUUGAUGUUACACCGAAUCGUUUCAUAUUUGUUACAGGUUUCGAGCGGAAUGGAUAUCAAGGCAGCGCUCGUGGAUUGUAACCGGCUGCAGUGGGCUCAACAACGUCUUCGGAUUCUUCUCGGAUACUGGGAACAUCCUAGUUUGAAAAUGAAAAUUGAAAACUCUGCAGACAAGACUAUGAUACAAGGCGUAAACGUUGUUAUGAAUCAUCUCGAAAGCGUUCUCGAUUUUGUGAACACGCAUCUAAUCGACGAAACGCAUCAUACGGAUUUGACUGCAAUCAUUUCUCAAACGUUUCUCAAACACGUUGGUGAAAAUCUGGCUCGAAUCCUUACAGACACAUCGGACAACUCUGGUUAUAAGUCUCUGCUCAAGCUUGAGGGCGAGAGCGCUCAGAAGAUGCUAAAUUUUCUGCAAACGUUGCUUGAUUGUUCGGAGCUAGUUUCUUUGCCAAGGAACGAUAUUUUAGGAGCGCUUCUGCGACUUUCGAAAUUAUCGAAGUUGUAUCCCGAAUGCCUGACUAUAACGGAUCUUGAACGGGACAGCGACGUUUUAGACUCGGGCCGCUUUGGCGAAAUCUAUAAAGGUCGUUCCCGCAGCCAGGCUAUUUGCUUGAAAAUUAUCAAAGUAAAUCGAAGGACGCAAAUCAAGGAGCUGCUGAAAGCUUUCUUUAAAGAGGCCCUACUUUGGGGACAUUUGUCCCAUCGAAACAUCCUCCCUUUCUACGGAAUUUAUCAUCCAGAAGAUACGAAUGGAAGAAUCUCCUUCGUAUCUCCAUGGAUGGAAAACGGAAACGUAACUGAGUAUCUCAGGAAGCAUCCCCUCACGAACCGUCUACUUCUGAUAUGGGAUAUCAUAAUAGGGAUUCAAUUCCUCCAUCAGAAUCAAGUCAUACACGGGGAUCUCAAAGGCUUGAAUGUACUUGUGAAUCGUAAUGGACGCGGUUGCCUCGCCGACUUUGGAUUGGCCAACCUUGUUGACGAAGGUAUCCUGUGUUGGACUUCAAUUCAGACUACCGGACAUCAGAGCGGCGGGACACUGCGAUGGCAGGCACCAGAGUUGAUUGACCCACCUUCUGACGAAUUGGCCAAGGCGACGCCAGCCAGUGAUAUUUAUUCUUUUGCGUGUGUCUGUUAUGAGAUUUAUAUGGGACAUGUUCCUUUCCAUAAGAUUUCCCGCGACAUUACGGUCAUGAGGAAAGUGGUUGAAGGCUCCCGGCCACCUCGUCCAGCCGACACAGGCCUCUUGCCUGACGAAAUCUGGAAGGUAAUCGAAAUGUGUUGGAAUCAAGAGCCUCAAAAUCGUCCCAGUGCGGAGUCAGUUAUAGAACAACUUCCGCUUGCAGGCAUUGUGGAUGAUAGGCCAAGUGGUGAUGACCACCUGGCUCCUUCGGACUUUCGCGCCGCUGGCCCCGAAAACUUGGGUGCGGUGUUUGAUCCAGCAGUUGAUGUUAUCCUCUCUUCUGUUCUCAGGUCCAAUCGGACAAAUGAAGUUGAACCCCACACUGUAGAAUUGUAG